AUUUUAUCAAACAAUUAACAUUUAAAUGAAAAUAAUGACAUCCAUGGCAUCGGACUGCGAAUCGAACGUUAGUGGAUUUAUAACCUGUAAUGACCGAACCAUCUCCCAAAUGUAUUUGUCUGCUAUUGAGGGAAUGGAGUCAAUAAACCAAGAUUUGUUGAAAAUAGCGAACAACAUGAAAAGGAUUGUGAGCCAGGCGGGCCCCCUAGAGAGCCAGCUGAAUGCCCUGCUCCGAGCCCUGCCCGACCCCAACCUGCAAAUGAACAUGGAGACCGAAUGAUAUUGUUAUUUUAAGGGAAACACCAACUUGGUU